AUGUCUAAUUUUAUGAUCCCUGUCUUUCCCUUGUCUUUUCUCGCCUGACCACGACCACGACUUUCCUGGUUUUUAUAGCACACAAGGCUAUCCUAAUGUCCUUGUCCUCAACCUAGAAAAAAACCGGUAUAUCUCGUCGUCCUGAUAUCUCCACCAUGACCGCUUUUCUGCCAGCUCUGGCGUUUCUGUCAUUUCUGUCCCUUCUUUCAAAAGUACACGCCUCAAAUUCAAGUUGGAUACAAUACCCUCCAACUGGAUAUGCAACUAUGACUCAUUACUACCUCCCCGAAAACUUUGUCGCCGCUUGUGGAUGCACUCCUUCCAGCACUCAUUACCCCACAGCGGCACUAAACCAAAUGGCCUUUGGGAGCAGCACUUCCUAUGGUCCAGCGUGUGGCCGAUGCUUCAACUUGACCCUCUUGAACACUUUCACGUCCAACCCUCCUUUUUACCCCAAUGUCACCAACCAUGUGGUUGUCAAAGUCACAGAUCUGUGUCCUCUUUCAGAAAAUGGGUGGUGUUCUGCCACUCCCAGCAAGCCCAACUCUGCUGGUGCAUACCUAAAUUUCGACCUCGCAUGGCCAUCGUCAUCAAUAUCAAAUGAUUUCUUCCCCUCCGACGCGUCGUUAUACGGUUAUACUGACUUUGGUGUCUGGAAUAUCAGUUACCAGAGUGUUACCUGCGAUGAUUGGGAGGGUUGGGAUAACGCUGCUGCCCUCGGAUCAGAGGCCGCCAUCAGUGGGUGCUGUCCCGACAAUCCUACGGGUAACGUAAACGACACUUGUCCCUCUUAUUCUGAACAAAAUGGCAUACCGCCAGAUACCCGUACCAAUGCUGCUUUCACGUCAUUCGUUCCUCACUUUCUUUGGUUCACUGUUUUUGCGUUAUCUAUUCAUUAUUUAUCAUGACCCAAGCGGUCUAUAUCUGUUUCACCAUACCCCCUUGUUGUCUACCUAUCUGCGCUACUCUUUACACACACGGCUCCUGUACUCUUAGAUACACUCAUCUUCUUGCUGACCUGAU